CUCCCGCCGCCGUGGCGAGGUGCUCGCUUCCCUUUUGCCUUCCGCCAUGAUGGUAAGUUUCCCAAGGCCUCCCCAGCCAUGCGGAACUAUGAUUCUGGGCCUCCCCCAUCUACUGUCAUCAACCAAAAUGAAACGUUUGCCAACAUCAUUUUUAAACCUAGUGUAGUACAACAGGCCAAGAUUGCCCAGAAUGGAGUUUUGGGAGACUUUAUCAUUAGAUAUGAUGUCAAUAGAGAACAGAGCAUUGGGGACAUCCAGGUUCUAAACGGCUAUUUUGUGCACUACUUUGCUCCUAAAGACCUUCCUCCUUUACCCAAGAAUGUGGUAUUCGUGCUUGACAGCAGUGCUUCUAUGGUGGGAACCAAACUCCGGCAGACCAAGGAUGCCCUCUUCACGAUUCUCCAUGACCUCCGACCCCAGGACCGUUUCAGUAUCAUUGGAUUUUCCAACCGGAUCAAAGUAUGGAAGGACCACUUGAUAUCAGUCACUCCAGACAGCAUCAGGGAUGGCAAAGUGUACAUUCACCAUAUGUCACCCACUGGAGGCACAGACAUCAAUGGGGCCCUGCAGAGGGCCAUCAGGCUCCUCAACAAGUACGUGGCCCACAAUGACAUUGGAGACCGGAGCGUGUCCCUCAUCAUUUUCCUGACGGAUGGGAAGCCCACAGUCGGGGAGACGCACACCCUCAAGAUCCUCAACAACACCCGAGAGGCCGCCCGAGGCCAAGUCUGCAUCUUCACCAUUGGCAUCGGCAACGAUGUGGACUUCAGGCUGCUGGAGAAACUGUCGCUGGAGAACUGCGGCCUCACACGGCGUGUGCACGAGGAGGAGGAUGCGGGCUCGCAGCUCAUCGGGUUCUACGAUGAAAUCAGGACCCCUCUCCUCUCUGACAUCCGCAUCGAUUAUCCCCCCAGCUCAGUGGUGCAGGCCACCAAGACCCUGUUCCCCAACUACUUCAACGGCUCAGAGAUCAUCAUUGCAGGGAAGCUGGUGGACAGGAAGCUGGAUCACCUGCACGUGGAGGUCACCGCCAGCAACAGUAAGAAAUUCGUCAUCCUGAAGACGGAUGUGCCUGUGGGACCUCAGAAGGCAGGGAAAGAUGUCACAGGAAGCUCCAGGCCUGAAGGCGAUGGAGAGGGGGACCCCAACCACAUCGAGCGUCUCUGGAGCUACCUCACCACAAAGCAGCUGCUGAGCUCCUGGCUGCAAAGUGACGAUGAGCCGGAGAAGGAGCGGCUGCGGCAGCGGGCCCAGGACCUGGCCCUAAGCUACCGCUUCCUCACUCCCUUCACUUCUAUGAAGCUGAGGGGGCCGGUCCCGCGCAAGGACGGCCUGGAGGAGGCCCACGGCAUGUCGGCCGCCAUGGGACCCGAACCGGUGGUGCAGAGCGUGCGAGGAGCUGGCACGCAGCCAGGACCUUUGCUGGAGAAGCCAUACCAGCCAAGAAUUAAAAUCUCUAAAACAUCAGUGGAUGGCGAUCCCCACUUUGUUGUGGACUUCCCCCUGAGCAAACUCACUGUGUGCUUCAAUAUUGAUGGGCAGCCUGGGGACAUCCUCAGGCUGGUCUCUGAUCACAUGGACUCUGGUGUGACAGUGAAUGGAGAGUUAAUCGGGGCACCCGCCCCUCCAAAUGGCCAUAAGAAACAGCGCACUUACUUCCGCACCAUCACCAUCCUCGUCAACAAACCAGAGAGAUCUUACCUCGAGAUCACACCGAGCAGAGUCAUCCUGGAUGGUGGGGACAGGCUGGUGCUCCCCUGCAACCAGAGUGUGGUGGUGGGGAGCCGGGGGCUGGAGGUAUCCGUGUCUGCCAAUGCCAAUGUCACGGUCACCAUCCAGGGCUCCAUAGCCUUUGUCAUCCUCAUCCACCUCUACAAAAAGCCGGCGCCCUUCCAGCGACACCACCUGGGUUUCUACAUCGCCAACAGCGAAGGCCUCUCCAGCAACUGCCACGGACUGCUAGGUCAGUUCCUGAACCAGGAUGCCAGACUCACGGAAGACCCUGCGGGGCCCAGCCAGAGCCCCACUCACCUUCUGCUCCUUCAGGCGGGAGAGGGGCCUGAGGCCGUCCUAAAGGUGAAAGGCCACCAAGUCCCAGUGGUCUGGAAGCAAAGGAAGAUCUACAAUGGGGAAGAGCAGAUAGACUGCUGGUUUGCCAGGAACAACGCCGCCAAACUGAUUGACGGGGAGUACAAGGAUUACCUGGCCUCCCAUCCGUUUGACACAGGGAUGACGCUUGGCCGGGGAACGUCCAGGGAGCUCUGAAGCUGGCAGCCUUAAUGAUGCAAGUGCAUGAAGGACCGUGAUGUGGGGAGGCCAUGGGGCAGCUCUUUUCAUGGCUUGUACAUGCUUCAGCUCCUGGCAAUUAGCUGGACUCCGUGACCCACCCCUGGUGCAGCGUAGAUCCAACGUCUGUCUGGGCAAAGGGUAGGGGCGGGAAGCCUGAGUGCAAAUGUCAUUUCUCUCUACUCCCUCUUCCUGCCUCUCCCCACCCUGCCCACAUCCACGGAGGGGAGAAAGGUCAUAGCUAAAUGCAAGAAAGUCUGUAUCUUGUCCCAACCUGCUUAUCUGUUCUGUUAGCCUGUCAUAAAGUAAGCCUUUCUGGUGAAGGAAGGUUGCUAUGAAACUUGUUUUCUUGGUGGAAAUGGCCAAGUUUGGGGACUGUGAUUUUUGCCUUACACUAAUGCUUAGAAAGCUGUCUUUUCAGUGGUGCUGCAGCCCCCAGAUGUGUGGCCAACCUCUGCUACAAAGGAAUCUCUCACUGAGUCCAGGCCACCAAUCAUGCAAAUAGCCCAUACGUUUGAUCGCUGUAAACCAUGAAGUCUUUUCUUAUGAGAGGUUUUUCUUCUGCUGUGGUAUCUUGCCCUUAAAAAUUAGUUUUCAUUAAAAGGAAAUUUGAUUGAAAAUAGAAACAUCUACAGCUCAGA